UUAAUUAUUCCACGAAUCCACAAUAUAAUUUUGUAUGUAUAUACCAUGGCAACAAGUGAGAUAAGUGAAUAGUGCAGGGGUAUAAUGGCAAAAGAGGCACACUUGUUUAUGACUUGUUGACUAUAAAGACUUUCUGACUUGUAUUCCGUCUUUCUUCUCUGUCUAUUUCCACACGACGGGCUGAGUCUCAGUAAGAACCGGGAUUGCUCCCCUGUUUUUGCUAGUAUUCACACUCCACCCUCCACACCAAUAUAUGCACCACCACCACUCUCACCAUAGCCAAAACUAAUUACUCUCAUAGAUUUCUUCCAGAUCCCUGUCCGUCUCUCGGUCUACCCUCUGUGGGUCGCUUUAAGGUAGUUCUUUGUUGAGAAGGAUCAAGCUCAUUGUGAAAGGGUAGUAGCAUAUCUGCAGAGAAUACUAUGGCUGAGGAUGAUGUCUAUACAAAUGAUGGGACGGUGGAUUUCCAUGGAAAACCUGCCAACAAAACGAAAACGGGAAACUGGAAGGCCUGCCGUUUUAUUCUAGGAAAUGAAUGCUGCGAAAGAUUGGCAUACUAUGGGAUGAGCACCAAUUUGGUGAACUACCUUGAACUGCGUUACAAUCAGGGAAAUGCCACUGCAGCCAACAAUGUUACAAAUUGGUCAGGCACCUGCUACAUCACACCAUUGAUUGGAGCCUUUCUAGCUGAUGCCUACUUAGGAAGAUUUUGGACAAUAGCCGGUUUUGUAGUCUUCUACAUCUUGGGAAUGACCCUCCUCACGAUGUCUGCAUCUGUUGGUGCAUUGAUGCCCCAUUGUGAUAAGGACACCUGCUACCCAACAACAAUGCAGAGUGUAGUCCUCUUUAUCUCACUUUACAUGAUUGCUCUGGGAACUGGAGGAAUCAAACCAUGUGUUUCAUCCUUUGGGGCAGAUCAGUUUGAUGAAACUGAUGAACGUGAGAAGGAGAAGAAGAGCUCUUUCUUUAAUUGGUUUUACUUUUCAAUCAAUGUUGGUGCUCUUAUUGCUUCGUCUGUUUUGGUGUGGAUACAAAUGAAUGUUGGCUGGGGUUGGGGAUUUGGGGUUCCAACAGCUGCAAUGGCCAUAGCAAUUGUGUUUUUCUUCUUGGGUAGUCGUUUGUACCGUCAUCAAAAGCCUGGAGGGAGUCCCCUUACAAGAAUUUUUCAGGUUAUAGUUGUAUCCUUCAAGAAGUUCAAUGUAAAAGUUCCUGCUGAUAAGUCUCUUCUCUAUGAGACGGCUGAUGAGGAAGGUUCCAUCGAGGGAAGCCGCAAGCUUGAGCACACCGAGGAACUGACGUUUUUUGACAAGGCUGCAGUUGAGGAGAUCCAAACUGAUCGCAUCAAGGGCUUAGCAAACCCAUGGAGACUCUGCACAGUAACGCAAGUUGAGGAGCUCAAAUCCAUUAUAAGGUUGCUUCCUGUAUGGGCAUCUGGAAUAGUUUUUGCAACCGUAUACAGUCAAAUGAGCACCAUGUUUGUUUUACAAGGCAACACAAUGGAUCAACACAUGGGUCCUCAUUUCAAAAUUCCAUCUGCAUCUCUCUCCAUCUUUGACACCAUUAGCGUCCUAUUCUGGGCUCCCAUAUAUGACCUAAUGAUCGUCCCCUUCGUCAGGAGGUUCACAGGCCAUGAACGAGGCUUCACCCAGCUCCAACGAAUGGGCAUCGGCCUUGUUAUUUCUAUUUUCGCCAUGAUUGCUGCAGGUGUUUUGGAGGUUAUUCGACUUGACAUUGUGGAAAGAAACAACUACUAUGAUCUCAAGACCAUUCCAAUGUCAAUUUUCUGGCAGGUACCACAGUAUUUUCUCAUAGGAUGUGCUGAAGUUUUCACUUUCAUCGGGCAAUUGGAGUUUUUCUAUGACCAGGCACCUGAUGCCAUGAGGAGUUUGUGCUCCGCACUCUCGCUUACAACGGUGGCAUUAGGAAAUUACCUGAGCACUCUCCUGGUCACCAUUGUGACUAAGAUUACCACAAGACAUGGGAAGCUUGGUUGGAUUCCAGAUAAUCUGAACAGGGGCCAUCUUGACUACUUCUACUGGCUGUUGGCAAUCCUCAGCCUGCUCAACUUCUUUGUGUAUCUCUUGAUUGCAAGGCGCUACACUUACAAGAAAGCAACCGGACGCGCUCAUUAACCCAAUUUAUAGGAUGGAUUGAUGGACAUGGAGGUCUAUAUCUUUGAUGAUUUUAUUGUAUCAAUGUUUCUCCUGAUGUUAUCAUAGAGUGUGUUUUACCUAUUUGAAAGAAUACAGUUUGUAUGUCUGUAAAUAUUGCCAAGCGCUGAGAAAUCUCUGUAUUGUUUGCCACA